CUAUGAAGAAGGUGGACUUAAAUGAAGGACAGCGUAGCAGAGACAAGUGGAGCGGAGGAGGGGGCGUCACACACACUGGGACAAGAACAUGACUUGAAGAUGAGCAGUCCUCAGGCUACGUCAGAAAACAAGGAUUGUCCUCCUCCAGAGGAAUUAGAGUGUAAAAUCUGUUACCAGCGCUACAAUGCAAACAACCGGAAGCCUAAGAUCCUGGGCUGUCUGCAUCGGGUGUGCUCCCGCUGCCUCAUUAAGAUUCUGGACAUCACUGACGGAGCAGGCUGCAUCCCCUGCCCCUUCUGCCGACACCAAACUGAAAUCACCGAGUACCAGGUCUCUGCCCUGCCUGAUGACGUUAACAUCAUGUCCCACCUGGCAACACAGGACAAGUCCUUCAGCUUGGACCAGAAGAGGGAGGUGGUCCUGACGCCAAAGAGUUUGUCCUCCACCAGCCCGUCUCAUGACUCCUCAAACUGCCUGGUCAUCACCAUAAUGGAGGUUCAGAGGGACUCACAGCACUCGCCGAGCCACAACGGCAGCUCGGAUGUCUACGCUGACCAGAGCCUGGACUCCGUCUCAAUAGGCUCCAAUGGACCCACAGAUCACGAUGCACUGUCUAAGCUCUGUAACCAUGUCCCACGCAUCUUGGUGUGGCUACUUGGUUUCUUAUACUUCGGUUCGCUCCCGCUAGGAAUCUAUUUGUUAGUGAUCCAGAGAGUGACUCUAGGAAUCGUAUGUGUUAGCUUAGUCCCAUCGAGUCUGACAGUUUGCCUAGUGUAUGGGUUCUGUCAGUGCCUGUGCCAGGGCAUGUGUGACUGCUUUGCCCGGGGCUGAGAGGAUGGCAACUAGAGGACCAGGGAUGAGGAUAAAGCCAGCUCCAGAAAACAGGGAGCUAGGGUGCUCCUAAGUACAUAGAAAGGUCCGAGCCGAAGACAAUAUCAUCCUCUUCACAAGCUUUUAAUAGCACACCUAGGAGGCAGCUUUGUCAUGCAAAUACAGGACCGUAGAGAAAAAGAGAACCCUGUUGUUAGCGAUGUGCUCUGAUUUCUUCACGCCUACUGCUUCGACAUCAGUUUGGUCAAGAGGAACAGAGUCACUGACGAGCUCAGCCAGCAGCUGGAGUAUACCUACAGUCCUGUGACGUAUUUCUGUGUAUGUGCCUGAAUUGUUCUGUGACGUGAAGAUGAGAUGGUAUCACCUCCUUUUUGGAGCAGGCACUCGAUAAUUUCAAGCAAGCAGCUUUAGGAAGAAAUUACAUGAUUAUACGGUGAAACUACUGAUGCUUAUUGAAUAUUUCUGAUUUUGUUAUGUUACGACAAACUUCCACGUAUUCUAUUGUAAUUUUAGGUUACACACCAGCUAAAAUUAGGGCAUGAUGGACAUUGGUCAGAGAACGUCAACAUUAAACUUUCUGACCUGUAUGCGAACGACUAAGUGUGGAGAAAAACUAACCCUGCAAUGAAAUAUGGUGGUGGCAGCAUCAUGUGGGGAUGGUUGACAUCUGGUGGUACAGGUAAACCAGUCAGCUGUUGAUGGGAGGAAAUACAAGUUAAUCCUAGAAUAAAAGCUGCUAGAGGCUGCCAAAGACUUGAGACUGGGCCGAAGGUACACCUUCCAGAAGGAAGAAAACACUGAGUAUAGCCACUGUGGCUAUCAAAGAAUAAAUCAAAGUAUAUUCAUGGGUCAAAAUGACCUAAUUCAAAUUUAUAAUUAGAAAAUUGCUUUUUACAUACACACUACAUUUAUUCUGACUGAACUUUAGCUAUUUUACAAAGUAGAAAUCUAAGUCUCUGUAUUUGCAAAGCUGAUUGAAACAACCCCCAGAACACUUACAGA